AAUAGUAUAAUAAUUUUUGCAAUCUCUUUAAAUCAAAGCUUAGCUAUAGUUAGGGUUUUUUUCAGUUAUCAAUUAAUGAAUUGAUCGGUCAAUAGGAGAAUGAGAUAAGCUGAUUAAUCAAUAAUGUUAUGGUCUAGGUUACCUUCUGAAGAACACGGUGACGAUACGAAAAAUAUCCUUGGAGUGUUUACGGUGCUUGUUCGAGCCGCUAUGGGAUGUUUCUUCGGUUGUUUCCGUAUCAACGAUGGAUCCAUUCCUCCUAAGGAACCUUUGGUGUCUCGGAAUAGGAGUCCAUUAUCUUCACUUUUCAAUUCUGAAGAAAAAGGCGAGGACGAUGAUUUGCACAAAACCAAAAUGGUUAAUCAAGAUCCAGGAACACCAAAGUCUGAGCUGGUCACAAAAGAGCUCAGGGAUCAGGCGAAGUUUCUUAAAGCUUGUGGAACUUUACCUGAGACUCCUGCUGAGAUUCGAAAAGGCUUGGCUAAAUGCAAAGAUCUAUCAGCUUCAACAGGAGAUGUUGAACCUUUAAGAUUCAAGUCUUGGCUCUCUGAUGUGGCCGUUGAAAAGCUCAACCUGGAUUUGCUAACUGAUCACCCUAUUACACCUCGUAAAAGCAAUGGAUUGGAAGAACAAUCUGGUUCCUUGGCACAUACAUCUAGCAGUUGCAUGACGGAUGGACAAAAUGUUCAAAGUUUGUCGAAGAACUCUAUUCAUGAUAGUGGGUCUUCUAACACUCCGACAGCCAUUGAGGUUAAUGCUAAUCAGACUCACAAAGACACGGCUUCAGAAGUUACACCAACCUCUGCUCCCAGUGCCCAAUACAUGAACAAAGUUGUUCGCUUUGACUGUGAGUCCGAUCAGUCUGCAGUAUCAUCCAAAAGUACUUCAUCUGCACUUGACAGUGAAAACUCAAAGCAGGCUGGGUUUUCUGGCAAUUCCUAUGCAUCGAAGAAUUCGCCCUACCCAACCCCGCUAAAACUAAGUGAUGAAAUGCAAACACCAGGAACAGUUUUUCCAACAUAUUUAGACAACAUUGCAAAUGGAAAAACUGCUCGGAUCAGGUCUCAGUAUGUUUAUCCAGUUUUAAACCCUGUGAUUAGAGCAUCGCAGUUGAAGGAGUUGUCUGAUGAAGAUUCCUACUCCAUUGAAGAUUCUAGUUCCAGAUUAUGGUCCAGUAACAUGACAGAAUCUGGUGAAAGGACAAAUGAAGCAAGCUUUUCGUCAGAACUAGGAAUGUCCGAAUUAAGUGAAGCUUCAGCUGAUAAAGAUUCAAAGGCAGAAGCAAGCUUGUCUUCGUGGCUGAAACCAUCUUCACUCAACCAACAUGAGGGUAAGCAGCACGCUAGUUCUGUUUACGGUGACAAUGUUCAUUAUGGCAGAACUCCUGGAGAUAGGCCUAUACUUGGAUUGGUUGCUGCUCACUGGAAAGAUGAUGAAGAUUCUCGUAUAUCUCCUAAAUGGUGGGAUGGAAACGGGAUUCCUAAUUCAACUAACAAGUAUAAGGAGGAUCAAAAAGUAAGUUGGCAUGCAACACCAUUUGAAGAGAGACUGGAGAAGGCAUUAUCACAAGAAACUUCCAUUCCACAAAGGAAGCAGCUCAGUGGGACAAGACCAUUUGCCUUUAAUGACAUAGAGGAGUCAGAUACUGCUCUCUCUCAAGUGCACUAAUAAUCUCAGCUAAAAUUCAUUUUAUCUUCCAUUAAUUAGCACAUAGUCAAGGUUUAUCCCGGAACGUUGUUUCAUUUAGCUGAGAUGCUGCUCAAUCUCAGGUGUAAGCCAGACGUUUAAGUGUGUGCGCUUCAUUUCUGAUGAAGUCUCUAGAUAAAUCAAGGAUUUCCAAGUUUAGUGUCGUUCUCAUUGAUGUAAUUGUAUUUUUGGUCAUAAAACUGUACUAGGUGGCAUUUUAAAAAUGAAACCUCUGCACUAUAAUGAGUUCGGAUAUUGGUGUUAUAUGUUUGAGCAUCUGUUUCCCAAUGCAUAGGGUUUGAACAUAUCUUCGCACUGGAGCCAUGCUUG